AUGAAACAACAGAUAUCUGAAGAGCAAGCGACAAUAUUGAAAUAUCGAUUAUCUUGCAAAGCAUUACCGAAAACAUUCGAUGUAUUGGAUCGUUCAUUUGAUGAUCUCGAUCAAUACUUACUAUGCCAGCAGAAAGUCAUUGAUGAAGACAUACGAACGACAAUUACAAAUCGGCGUAGUAAAACUAUUGGACAAUUCAAAUUAGACAUGAUGGCUAUUCACAUUUCAACAGCUGGAGCAACAGCUCGUGGUCAUGCAAAGAUAGCCAAAGAAGAAAAAGAAAAGCUGCUGCUGUUAUUAUCAUCGGAAAAUGCUGGUGCGGCGGCGAAUGUGAUAAGUGCCAUACAAGCUCGUCAAGAAAAUAUCAUUAAACGACAUCGUCGGAGUACUGCAACAAAAACAAUUACAGCCAGUCACAUUGAUGAUAUGAAUAGUCUACUUCCAUCUUCAGCUAUUAUAGAAGUAGCAACACCAUUCACAAACAAGCAAAUAUUGUUUUUGACACGCGGAUCAAAAUAUGUACCGAAAUGUCAAAGUCAAUUUGGAUCUGGUGGUGCUAUUGAAGAUAUUAUUGAACGAGAAUAUCUUAGGAUGUCACCAAUUAUACGAGAUUGUUUAACAGCUAAUUGUGUAUCAGCAUCAGAUGAACGAGCAAAGAUAUUUUUCAUAUCAUUAAAAAAUCUUCUUACUCAACUCUAUACAGCAAAGUUACCUUGUCAAUUGUUUCGUCGUGCUCAACAAGAAUAUUUAUUGACAAAAACCAUUAAACAUCAGUUAUAUUCGACAUUUAAUCAUAUUGUUUUACGACGAACUGAUAAGAGUAAAGUCUUUCAUCUUGGAUCCAAGAAUGAUUACCAGCAGAAAGCGAUUAUGAACAUGAGAAAAACUUGUGCUUAUGAAGAAGUGAUUAAUGAAAAAUGUCCAUUAGCCGAUAACAUAUCUCCAAUUGGUACACCAUUGAGACCUAUAAUUUCUUCGAUGAAUGGUCCCACAACUGGUGCAUCACAUUUUUUGGAUCGUCUUUUACGACCUGUCUUUGAUCGUGUAGCCAAGCAAACGACAUUUGUCAAUGGCAUUGAUCUUGUAUGUCAGUGGGAAAACUAUCGAGAUAGUGGUCAUUUAUUAGCAUCGACUCAAUUUGUUACAUUUGAUGUGAGUGAUUUAUAUACGAUGAUACCACGAAACGGAGCACUUGAAGCAUUAGGACGAUUUCUUGUGCAAAAUUCGACUAGAGGCAAAAUUAAUAAUAUAUCAGUCGAUACAAUCUUGAAGUUAGCUCGUCUAGUAUUAGACACAAAUUAUUUUGUCUAUGAUAAUAAAUACUAUCGACAAAUUAAAGGUGGAGCUAUGGGUUCACCAUUUACAAUGACAUUAGCAAAUGUCUACAUGCUAGAAUGGGAGCAACCAUUGAUCAAAUCACAGCUCAGUCAAGGAGAACUCUAUGGAAGAUACAUUGAUGAUGUGUUCAUGACAUCAAAUAUGUCAUUGGAUGCAAUUCAUGCUGAGCUUGAUUGGAUGAACAAGAGAGAUGAAAAAAACAUUCAAAUCACGUAUUCAGUUGGUUUCCAAGUCGAAUUUCUUGAUGUUCAUGUCGAAAAUUACCAUGGUUCAUUGAUAACAUCAGUUUUCCAUAAGCCAGCUGCUGAACCAUAUGUCUUACCAUAUUCAUCUGAUCAUCCUCGUCAUAUACAUACGAAUAUUCCAUAUCAAGCAUUAUUACGUGCUGCUCAAUUAUGUUCUUAUGUAUAUGCAUUUGAUAAAGAGCGAUUAGAAAUUGAAAUCAUACUAUUAUUAAAUGGUUAUCCGCCGCAAUUUAUUAAACGUCAUUUCAAUCGAUUCUUUCGAUUAAAUCGAGCUAUGCAAGUGUUAACUGAACUUGAUCCAAAACAAUAUGAAGAAUUACAUCAAAAACUAUUAUACUUAUCAACACGACGUGAAAAGAUGUAUGAAAAAAGAACAAGUGAUAAGAAUAAUAAUGAACAAGUAUAUAAGAAUGAUAAUGCCAAUAAACUUACAAAAAAAGAAUGGAAUAAGAAGAUUUUAAUCUUGCCUCAUACAUUUGAAAGUGGUCCAUUGAUGGAAUUUAAACGAGAAUUUCGUAAAUUAUGGACGAAAUCUUAUACCUACAAAGGAUCACUAAUGAAGGACGUUCGUCUGGUGAUGACAACACUAUGUAAUCCAUCGUUGAACGAUUUACUCGUUUAUAAAAAACCUUCUCGAUCUUUAUUGACCAAAAUGGAACCAUUAAUAUCGGCAUCAUCACUAUCAUGA